CCUAAAACCCAAAAAUUUCUGAAGAUAACACUAAACCCAAAACCCUCAAAAGAGUUCUUCAAUGGAGAAUUUGAUCAUUCUCUGAUAAUCACUCUCUUCUUUGGGAGAGAAUUCAAUUAACCUCAGAAAUGGCUUCAAUCAAACCCUUCUCUCCUCAUUUACAGUCACAAUUUUACCACCCCAAAACCCUAAGCCUCUACAAAUCACCAUUCAUAAGUCUUCCCCACAAACACAAACCUCAAAAACUCUCAUUUACAUCCCACGUUUCUCACAAACCCGGUUCAAAACUUCAUUGUUCAAGCCCUUCUGUAUCAUCAAAAACAGAAAUUUUGAAGUUUUUGCAAGAAAAAGUUGUGACUUUUGUUGUGGGAUCAGUGAUUUUUUUGGGUUGUUUUGGGUUUAGCGUGAGACCAGGCUGGGCAUUGCCUGGGAAAAUGAGUAAAAUGAGUGAGAAUUUGGGGGAGAAGAGUGAGACCCAGAUGGGGGAAGAUGAAGAAGAGGAGAUGUGUGAGAGGGUUUUGAAGAAGGAGCCCAGAAAUGUGGAGGCUUUGAAGGUGGUUGUGUAUGGGAAGAUGAGAAGAGGGAGGACUCAGGAGGCUGUGAAGUAUGUUGAGAGGCUGAUCGAAAUCGAGCCGAGGGAGGUGGAAUGGAGGCUGUUGCAGGCGCUUUGUUAUGAGAUGAUGGGGCAGUUGAGUAAGGCCAAGAGGUUGUUUAAGGAAAUUUUGAAGAGGAGGCCUCUUUUGCUUAGAGCUUUGCAUGGUCUGGCAAUGGUGAUGCACAAAAACCAUGAAGGCCCGGCUGUUUUUGAGAUGCUAAUAAAAGCUCUGGAAGUUGCACGCCGUGAAAAAAGGGUCGCCGAGGAGCGGAACAUAAGAAUUCUAAUUGCACAAAUGCAUGUUAUGAAGGGUAUGUUGGAGGAGGGCUUGAAACAAUUUCAAGAUCUGGUGAAUGAAAAUCCUCGUGAUUUCCGACCUUAUCUUUGCCAAGGUAUAAUCUAUAGUUUGCUGGAUAAAAAGGAGGAAGCUGCAGAACAGUUUGAGAUAUACCAGAGCCUUGUUCCUGACGAAUUUCCAGAAAGAGGAUUUAUGGACGACGUUGUCUUUGCGGCUAAAACUAAAUCUAGAGAACGGCUUAAAAAGGAGUUUGAAGCUGAAUUCUCAUACAAGAAAUGAAGCACCAGAACUUACUGUUCCUCAAAUGGCUACCGUCAUCAAAUAUACAUAUUUUAGACAUUUAUCUUAUGUUGAAAUCGUUGGAGCGAAGCCAAUCUUCAUCCGAGUCAACUUUAAGAGUGGCAAAAUCACUA